CGUGUAUCGAUCGACUUAUGUAACAUUUCAGCUGAUCAGUCAUUGCAUUUGAUUGGACAGCUUACACUUUUCUGUGAAUUCACCAGAUUUGACUGUAAUUAAAUUUCCAUUAACCCACAAGUUUCUAUCUAGAAAUAACACAUUCAUCUUGUGUGGCAUAGGAUUAGCAAGAGCCAACCGGCCGUCAAUAUAUAAAUGGAGCAUCCACCCGUCCCAUUGUCCUCCGAGGGCGUCACACCUUCUUGGCUUUCCCAACUUUUGCGAACUAAAAUAUCCACCCAUGACUUUCAAAAAGAAACCAACAUUCAAUCCGGCUCUGGAUUUCUCAGCAGCAUGGUUCGUGUGACCUGUAAAUCUGAAGACGGGCAGAAUUUCAACCUAAUUGUCAAACUCCUCCCGGAGGACAGCACCAUGUUGGAACUUACAGUUUCCGAAGAGUUUGACAAAACGGAAGUCAACUUUUACAAGCAAGUUGUAACCGACUUGGUUAACAUCCUGCCAGAUUUGAACCAAUAUUUGUGCCAUUCUUACUAUGAACACGUUCAACAUGCAGAUGAAGAGAAACAUUUAAAAUAUACAUCCGUCCUGGUCAUGGAAGACUUGAAACCACGAGGCUAUUAUACCAUCAACUUUGCUGGGGAAGAGUCAAAGCAACAAUUUGAACAAGUGUUGGAAUUUAUGGCAAAGUUUCACUUUGCCGGGAUGGUGCUGGAGACCAAGAAGAAUGCCAAGUUGUGCCAGGUAUACAACUUUCUUCAAGGAGUAUCAGAUUCAGGACCUUCAAUGUUUUACGAAAUGUCGAAAGCCGGCUUUGUCGAAAUAAUUCAGCUUUUAUCCGAUCACGCAUCACCACCCCCGGUGAUUGAAGCUUACCGAAAAAUGGCCCCACAUUCUGAUACUAUCAUUAAAAAAGUACAAGAAGCCAGCAAAGAGUUUGCUUGUUUGAUUCACGGGGAUUUAUGGUCCAACAAUUGUCUUUUCAAUGAUGACCCCCAAUUCCACACCAAAAUCAUCGACUGGCAACUGCUGGGUUAUAAGGAUCCUAAUUAUGAUGUUGCAGUCACAAUAGUUUCCAGCAUUCCGGUGAAACAAUUGACUAAAGAAAAGGUCACGGAGAGUCUGAAGCAUUACUACGAGACGUUUCUGGCUGAAUGUGCAAAAUCUGGUGGAAAUCUGAGAACACGGGACUGGGAUCAAUUUUGCAAAUUCUUUUACACUUGGGGCAUGUCGUACACGAUGCUUUGGUUCCUCAUGGCGAGUGAUCCGUUCUCCUUGAAUGUUCCACGACUUGUAAAAAUUUACGAGUUUUUGAUUUUGGAAGCGAAUGUUCAUGAAUUUUUAUUGAGCCAAGUGGAGGAGGUGUAAUGUCCGAGCAGUGUCAAUUUUUUGUACAUAUUAUUCAGAUUUUUGGAAUAAAUCACUGUAUAUUACUGUUAA